ACCAUUUGGGCAUUAUCUUUAAAACAUAUUCGUGUUCUUUCUUAAUAUUUAUUAAUCUUGAAUAAAGUACCACUUAAGUGGUUGACGAUUAAACGUGUUUGCGAGGUAAAUAUAUUUCACUGUAGAUUGCUUUCGAUUUUCUCACUCGGUUUUAGUAUUCAAGUGGUAGAAACGUUUCGAAGUGAAACGUUAUGCGCAGAACUGUAGCACGCGCACGCGUGUGGACUAUGGAGCAAGAAAACGGUGGUUGGGAACAACGGCUGUAGUAUUGUUGCAGUGAUUUUAACGGAAUCUUUACAACCGCAGAAAUCACUACGAAAGCCAAUAACAUUUGCAAAAGAACAAACUUUAGUGCGGGAACUGUUUGGUACCAUUAGUAACGCAUGUAAUUGCAGGUGUAAUUAUAGCAAAAUUACAUUUUGCACCGGCUCGAACCGCGUAACUGUCUUUCGAUCGAUUUACCUUGUACUUAUUCUUUUACGAUGGAAGCUUUGAUACCUGUAAUAAAUAAAUUACAAGAUGUAUUCAAUACUGUCGGUGCAGAUGCUAUACAGCUACCACAAAUUGUCGUGCUUGGUACACAGAGUUCUGGAAAAUCAUCGGUGAUUGAAAGCUUGGUUGGUCGGUCUUUUUUACCAAGGGGUGUUGGAAUAGUUACUCGACGUCCCUUGGUGCUGCAACUUGUCUAUACGCCUAAAGAAGAUCGUGAACAUAGAAGCGCAGAAAAUGGUACAUUGGAUCUGGAUGAGUGGGGAAUAUUUUUACACUCCAGAAGUAAAGUUUACACAGAUUUUGAGGACAUACGUAAAGAAAUUGAGGCUGAAACAGAUCGCAUGGCUGGAUCUAAUAAAGGGAUUUGUCCAGAACCAAUUAAUUUGAAAAUUUAUUCAAAAUCAGUGGUUAAUUUGACACUUAUAGAUCUUCCUGGUAUCACAAAGGUACCAGUUGGUGACCAACCUGAAGAUAUUGAAACUCAAAUUAGUCAGCUGGUAUUAAAGUAUAUAUGUAAUCCUAAUUCUAUUAUAUUGGCUGUGGUCACUGCUAAUACAGAUAUGGCUACCAGUGAAAGUUUAAAACUUAGCAAAGAUGUAGAUCCAGAUGGAAGACGUACUUUAGCAGUUGUGACUAAGUUAGAUCUUAUGGAUGCUGGAACGGAUGCUAUAGAUAUAUUAUGUGGCAGAGUAAUUCCAGUAAAAUUAGGAAUUAUUGGAGUAGUCAAUCGUUCUCAGCAAGAUAUAAUGAAUAAUAAAAGUAUUCAAGAUGCAUUGAAAGAUGAAGCUGCAUUUUUACAGAGGAAAUAUCCCACCUUGGCAAAUAGGAAUGGAACUCCUUAUUUAGCUAAAACAUUAAACCGUUUACUUAUGCACCAUAUUCGGGACUGCCUUCCAGAAUUAAAGACGAGAGUAAAUGUCAUGGUAUCCCAAUUUCAAACCUUGCUUAAUUCGUAUGGGGAAGAUGUUGGGGACAAGAGUCAGACAUUACUUCAAAUUAUUACGAAAUUUGCAAGCAGUUAUUGUUCAACGAUAGAGGGAACUGCCAGGAACAUAGAAACAACGGAAUUACGUGGGGGUGCUCGAAUUUGUUAUAUUUUUCAUGAAGCGUUUGGUAAAACGCUCAACUCUAUACAUCCACUGGCUGGUCUUAAAAAAGGGGAUAUUUUGACGGCCAUUCAAAAUGCCACUGGUCCGAGACCAGCUUUGUUCGUGCCAGAAGUUUCAUUUGAAUUAUUGGUUAAGCGACAAAUUCGAAGACUCGAGGAGCCCUCUCUACGAUGCGUAGAACUUGUUCACGAUGAAAUGCAAAGUAUUAUACAGCACUGUGGUAUCGAAGUACAACAAGAGAUGUUACGUUUCCCAAAGUUGCACGAACGUAUCGUUGAUGUUGUGACGCUGUUGCUGCGUCGACGACUUCCACCUACUAAUCAGAUGGUUGAAAAUUUAGUUGCCAUAGAAUUAGCGUAUAUAAAUACAAAGCAUCCAGAUUUUCAUAAGGAUGCUGUUCUUGCGUCGUCUUUACUUCAAAAUACUGAUGGGGAUCACCUAAAACAUAAUAAAAGACUUCUAUCUGCCACAAGACCAUCGAGUACCAUAAUACCAAACGAUACCAAUUCGAAAUCAGACAAUAAUAGUCAAGACGAUGUGACAUCUUUUUCUGAGCAGAAUAAGGAGCAAUCGAUGCCUUGGUUAUUAACUAAUUGGUUGCCUCAUGGGAAAAUCGAUUCGAACAGUUCGAUCGAUGGUUCACCUGUAAAAAAUCGAGAAAACAGCAUGUCUCCUAAUCCAAAUACAGACUCAAAUCCAAUGAUCGAAAUACAAAAAGCAUCUCCUCAACAGAAACCAAUAAAUCUACUUCCAGUAGUACCAACGCAAACGUCUCGCAAACUCAGCGAGCGAGAACAACGAGACUGUGAAGUUAUUGAGAGACUAAUAAAAUCAUACUUUUAUAUCGUAAGAAAAUCCAUACAGGAUAGCGUACCAAAAGCUGUCAUGCAUUUCCUAGUCAACUAUGUUAAAGAUAAUUUACAAAGCGAGCUUGUAACUCAUUUGUAUAAAUCUGAUCACGCCGAACUACUUUUAAACGAAAGUGAACACGUUGCCAUCAGACGCAAGGAAGCGGCAGACAUGCUAAAGGCACUAACUCAAGCUGGUCAUAUAAUUAGUGAAAUUCGAGAGACGCAUAUGUGGUAACCGAACUUGUACACUAUACACACGCAUACAACCACCGCCACGAAGUUAUAGUUUAAUAUAGACAUUUUGGCGUUUUAGUAGGUAAAUGACGAGAGUGAAACUACGCGUGUAUCGAUCCACUGUGUAUAUACAUAUAUACAUACAUAUGUAUAUAUAUAUAUAAUUUUUAUUUUUCAUGCAAUCAGUGUCUCUACUACACCGAUUAGAAUAAUUUUUAAGGUUUACGCAUUUUCUUUUAAUUUCACAUUCUAAGCGUAAAACACACAAUACCGUAACACGUGCAUUUAUAGCAAUCAUCAGCACAAUUAAUACCAAGUAAUACGAAAGUAUUGCCAUCAAUAUGAAUGGUGCUCAUGUCACAACUACACUUGAAACGCUUUAAUGUACUCAUGUAUUCACGUGCGAAUACCGGCGAUUAAUUUAUUUAGGAUUCGUCAAUUUUCUUGGUAGCCGUAAGACAUGAAAACGGGGAAAAAAUGUGUCACCAGUCGUGAGCGCGGGGGCAGUCUGUAACUAUUCUAUGUAGCAGUAUUUUCCACUGCUCGCAGGAUCCAUCGGUACGAUGGUGCCUAAUACAAAAAGAUACCGUGAAAAUUCUGUUCUUUUUAAAUCCAUUGUGAUAUAAAUCCCAAAUCGUGUAUCGGUGUAUACAUAUUUAUACAUACACACAUAAUUGUUAGCGUAUUGUUAUUGAGAGAUACAGCCAAACUGAUUGUAACAUUGAAUGAUACAUUGUUGUGUUUUGAUAGUUUCGAUAUUGGGUGCAAGAAAGAACUUUUCAAUAAAGUGUAUGUGCUCAAGCAA